GCUGGUGGUCGAAGAGUCCCUAAAGCCCUGGUUCCGCAAGCAUACUGAUCUGGUCAACCUCUGGUGGGCGCACCUGACUGCGAUUGCCUGAGCACAUCGUCGGUGUUGCGCGGCCCGCAGAUGCAUCGCUGGCCGAAAAGGACAUGGCACUGCGCUGCUCGGUGCUCGAGUCGGCUGUUGGCAGCAUGUGGACGCUGACGCGCGGCGUCGAGGGGUGUGUGCCUGUGACUGGCCCGCACAUCGAGGGGCUUGUGCAGAUCUGCGAGUUUGCCCCGACCAGCGAUCUGCGUGUACGCGCGGUGGGUGCUCUGGGCAACAUUGCCCGCCGCCAGCCAGGCUUCGUUGAUCUGAACCGCCGCAUUGGCGCCUACUUGCUUGAGAACGUCAUCGUGAAACCGCUGCUGCAGCCGACCAAGGACCCGGCGGCUAUUGCCGAGCCCAUCGUCGAGGCACUGGAUCUGUUCUUUGAUAUCUACAGCGAUAUGGCUUACGACUAUGACGAGCCUGUGUUUGUCAAGGGCGAGUUUUUGGCAAGACUACGCCAGGUAUAUCUGCCGGCAAAGAAGUUUGCCAAGACCAUCGACCGCAGAAAGCACCGCGAGCUGCGUUCUCGCGCUGGACCUGGCUGUCCAGAAUCUCCGGGCAUUCCUCGAUUACAAGGCAACUGAGCGCAAAUAGACAUAGCCUGCCUUUGAUGAAGUUAUCACAAUAUACUGACCUGUAUCGUAUACAAACUAACAGCAUGGCAAGGAUGUUAAGUUUCUUCAGUUAAACCCUGAAAA